AGGCUGCGAUCAUUGACGAUCUCCUCAACGGUGGAAUACAGUCAGCCGCAAACCGUCGGAUAGAUCAGUCCGUCUAGCUCGUCUGAUCGCGGUUUUCCCUUUUAGAAAUUUAUUCUUGAGUACUUCUUGCUUUUAAUUCAUCACCCCCUUAACCAUGGCUGAUGAUGAGACUCAGAGCAUUGAGGAGGCAAAGAAGGCCAAACAGGCCGAAAUCGAGCGCAAGCGCGCGGAAGUGCGCAAGCGCAUGGAGGAGGCCUCCAAAGCCAAGAAGGCCAAGAAGGGUUUCAUGACUCCGGAGAGGAAGAAGAAGCUCCGCUUGCUGUUGCGUAAGAAAGCCGCUGAGGAGUUGAAGAAGGAGCAAGAGCGCAAAGCCGCCGAGCGCCGACGCAUCAUUGAGGAGCGAUGCGGCCGGCCAAAGGACUUGGACAAUGCCAGUGAAGACAACCUUAGAUCGAUUUGUCAGCAAUAUCACGAAAGAAUUAGUGGUUUGGAGGAUAAGAAGUACGACUUCGAAUUGGUCGUGAAAUAUAAGGACUUUGAGAUCUCCGAACUCAAUGCUCAAGUCAAUGACCUCCGCGGUAAAUUCGUGAAGCCAACGCUGAAGAAGGUGUCCAAGUACGAGAACAAGUUCGCCAAGUUGCAAAAGAAGGCCGCCGAAUUCAACUUCCGCAACCAGCUCAAAGUUGUCAAAAAGAAGGAGUUCACCCUCGAGGAGGAAGAGAAGGAGAAAAAACCCGAUUGGUCGAAGGGCAAGCCAGGCGACGCUAAGGUAAAGGAGGAAGCCGAAGGUGUUGAAGCAUGAAUGAAUAUCACUAUAAAUACAUAAUUUUCCACCCACUUCUGAAAAUAUAACUAUCAUGCAAAAUUCUCUUUUUGUCUCUUGUAACAAAAAUUAAUUAAAAGUAAUAAGGUUACAAUAUAUUAUAUUUUCAUUUUGAAUGUCAUGAAAUAUAAUAAAACACAAAAAGUAUAUGAUGAAAGUUGAUAUGGAAGGAAAAGAGAUAUUCGAAAUUUCAAAACAACUGAAAUAUAUGAAAAUCGGCGACUAAAUCCAUUUUCUUUUCUUCCUCACAAUUCAUUUUGGAUGAUUUUUCUUCUCUAUUUCAAUAAAAUGUAUGACAAAGUAUUGAAAAAUUGUAGCAAA